AACAACCACUCCCCUCACUCUCAUCAAUGCAGCCUCUUCUCCUCGUUAACAUCAAGCAGACAAGAAGAGAAAGAGUCGAAACCUCAGCCAAGAACUUCGUCUUCCUCCUUUUAAUCUUCUACGGAGUACUUCUUCUUCAGCAAUGGCGGCAGCAGGUAAGAUGAUGGGUGAGAAGGGAGGGUGUGGGAGGUGCAGGGAGUGGCAGGAGCACUACUACUGGGAGCACAUGGAUGUGAGCAAGAUCAGGUUCUCCAAGAUCAUGGCUGGAGAUUUUCAGCAAAGCAUUAGCAUACCGGAGAAGUUUGCCAACAACUUCAGCGGGCAGAUCGACAAAGGAUGCACCCUCAAAGUACCGAGUGGCGAGACAUGGCGGGUCGGCAUCGAAAAGAUUGCCGACAAGCUGUUCUUCGUGUCAGGGUGGGAUGCAUUUGCCAAGGCUCAUGAGCUGCAGGAGCAUGACAUCCUGUUCUUCAAAUGCAGUGGCAGUGGUUCCUUUGAUGUACUGAUCUUUGACGCUAGCGGCUGCGAGAAAGUGUCAAGUUUCUUCACUGAUAAAAAGGGUACCAAUAUGCACAAACAUUUCGAUCACAUUGUGAGUCAGCAAGCAGAAGAACACUACCUUUUAAGCGAUUCAGGCGAUGUUAACAUGCCGCCAUCGCCCCUAGUUGGGUCUCCUCACAAGGCCUCUGCUUCAAAUAAACCAAGUGGCAAGACUAAACCAAGGGAAGAGAGUGAAUCUCCAAACGAUAGCGACUAUCGAGUUAAGCACGAGUUGACUCAGGAAGAAAAUGACAGUGAUGACGAAGACACUGAUUCCAACAAAUACUACUCGAGGUUCGCCAAUUACCUAACACUAGGUGAACGAGAGGAAAUAUUUGGGUUGGCAUCAAUUCAACCAGGCAAUCCCAUAUUUGUGGCAGUCCUGCAGAAGUCUCAUGUUCGUCACAGGAACAACUUCCUGAUCAUUUCCAGCAAGUUCGCAGCUGAUCAUCUGGAGGGGAGAUCACAGGACAUGCUGCUUCUCAGGCCAAACAGAAAAGAGAAGUGGUAUGUCAAGUACUACUACCAUGCUAGUUCCACCCGGGGUUUCAACUGCCAGCGCUGGGUCAAGUUUGUGCGUGACAAUAAGCUUCGUGAGGGCUACAUCUGCAUCUUCGAACUGCUGAAAGGCACAAGGAAGGCGACUACUGCAACUAUGAUGAUCCAUGUCAUUCGGAAGGUCGAUGACCGGUUUGUUCUACUGGGCUAAGUCCAUGCGUCCUCACAUGUAAUAUGUGAAUAGUCUUGCAGCCUAAACUGGGAGUAGCUGGUGAACUUUGUGAACUGAAAGCUAACUUCUUAGCGUUGCGGAUGUUUUCCUCUACUUAUUUCAUGCCUAGAUUCACCACACAAGCAGUUCCAACAUGAAAUCUCAGAACUAAGCAUCUAAACAGACGAAUAAGAGCAUUUAAAAGGGAAACGGGGUUGGAGACCAUAUGACAUGAUUGGUACAUCACAAUCAUCACUGCUGAACAAGUAAUUCACUCUUAACUUUAAACUAGAACGACAAGGUAUAUUACAUUUGGUGCUCACGCAAUGCAGAGUUCUUCCAAAAAAAAGAGACAAUCCUAUAAAUUGUGCACCAAAGCCUCUCAGAUACUGGGACGAAGAUAGAUGCUAAAUGCAUGUUGCAGACCAUGUCGUCACAUAACAUGAAAAUUAUUUAUCAACCUAGGGUAGAAACUUUCGAGGGAUGAGCUAUUGCUGGAGAAAUUCUCCUAACUCUGCAGUUAAAA